AAUUUCUGCCAGCUGUGUUUUUCUUCUCCGCUUAUUCAUGAUCGUAUCUGUCUAAUGUUCCGCUCUGCGUUUACUUCAACAUUCAAAUCGCGGUUUGCGAAUCUGACACGUCAGGGUUCGCGACAGACGCGCGGCUAUGCCAGGCGGCUGGGUGCAGACGAUUCUAUUGCCGAGGCUGAGUGGCGCAGCCAGCUCUACUCAUGGAAGACACUCGGCCUGUGCACGAUCCCCCUUAUUGCCUUUGGCCUGGGGACAUGGCAAGUUCAGCGGCUCCAGUGGAAGCUGGCGCUACUGGACGAGGUGAACGAUAAGAUGCACCGCAGCCCAAUUGCGUUCCCGCUGCGAGUGACAGAGUCGGAGAUCGAGCGCAACGAGUACCGGCGAGUGAUCGUGCACGGGCACUUUGACUAUGCGCAUGAAAUGCUGGUGGGGCCAAGACUGUAUGAGGGCGAGCCUGGGUUUAUCGUGGUGACGCCCCUUGUGCGCGAGGACGGGUCGAAGGUACUAGUGAAUCGCGGAUGGAUCAAGAGGGAGCUGAGAGACCCAAAGACGCGGCCAGAAUCGCAGCCAGAGGGAGCUGUGACGCUUGUUGCAUUUGUGCGGAAGGCACCAGGCAAAAAUCGCUUUACGCCAGAGCCCAAGCCCGAGAGCAACGAGUGGUAUAACAUUGAUGUGGAGCAGAUGGCAAAGCACGCGGCCUAA